AUGGAUAGGAGCUCAGACACGACUACUUUCUCUCCGACUCCUUUCAGUCCUUUCUCCUCAAGCAACUCCUUCGGCAGCGAAGGAGGGACAUCUGACGAACCUGCAGAUCUUGGUCAGCUCUCUGCUGUAUUUGAAGCUUUACGUGCAGAAUUUCAGCCGCGCAUCCAAACAAAUGUCAUUCCACGUGCUGAGACACCUACUUCAUCCCUCGUCGUCUCAGCAUCGGAUGGAGAUGGAGAAGAAGGCGCACGAAUAGUAUGGUCAACAAAGUCAGACUAUGCAUCAUACUCUGAUUCUGAUGGUAACGGCGACUACAUCGGCGGCCUGGGGGAGAAUGACGACGGUAUUGAUCAACCUUCGCUCGGAUAUCUUGAUGAUGUGCUCGGGUUUCUUGCUGCCGAACGCGCCAAAUUUACUGCUCAGCGUGAAGCUGGACUGAGAGGUGGAACAUCUUCGCAGUCUCAAGCAUCGACAAGCGAAAACGCAUGGCGACAUGUGAUUGAGCCUCGCCGAAAACGUCGGCGAAAACGCGGAAAACAUAACGGGACGAGCGCCAGUGCUAGCGUGAGCAGUACCCAUGUCGACGCGGAUGCAGAUGGGGACGGGGAAGCCGAUGCAGAGGGAGUCGCGACACCGGUCGGCGAUGCACUCGAUGGCUCCUCAUCUGGAGAAUAUUGGUCGCAUGGAAAGUCUAUGCCUGCGACUCCACCGCACGGAACAAGCCGGCGUCUACGCAGUAUUUCUAGCAAAGGCAAAGGAAAGGAUCCAGUUACAGUGACAAUUCCAGGAACAACUACAACGAUUCCUCUGCACCCGAAACUUGCCCACAGUCGCUCAACUCCUAGUCUCCGAGUAACAAUUCCCUCUCCGCCAGAUGCACGCGUCCUUCGCCUACGAACACUAGCCACGAAACUGCGUAUGCUCUUCGUGGAGGAUGCCCGACACCUAUCUUCUGUUCUUCUGAAUGAUGUUCCCGAAGAAGACGGCUUCAUCGAUCCACGUGGACGACCCCCAGAAGGCAAUGACCCUCUGGUCCAUGUCUUUAUCGAUCACUCAAAUAUCCUCAUCGGGUUUCUAAACCAUCUCCGAAGAUAUCCUAUUCAUCCGUCUCGUCGUGCAAAGACGCACCUAUCUCAUGCAGCUCUAACACUUAUCUUAGAGCGAGGAAGACCCGUAACGCGGCGCGUACUUGCUACAUCCUCUCCAUUAUACCAACCAAUGGAUGGUGCAGAGCGUCUCGGCUAUGAGGUACGCGUAUACGCACGCGUACCGGACCUUGGAGAUGGUCUCGACCGUGCUACUCGAGAAGUCACAAGAGGUAAACGUAGUGCCAGUGGCAUUGGAACAAGCACGGGUACGGGUACGGGUACGGGUACCGGAAGCGCAGAUUCAGACCCAGGACCGAACAAUAUUCCUACUGUUGCGUCGUCAAAAUCCACUAGCGCACACUCUCGCAGCUCCUCCCUGACGAUGCCUAGUCGUUCUGGGGUGUAUGCUCGUGCGCCGACGAACACCACGCCGGGCGGGCGCGUGAAGUAUCGCGAACAAGGUGUCGAUGAGCUUCUACAACUAAAACUACAUCAAGCAAUAGCUGAUGCAGACUCGCCGCCCCCACCUGGCUCGACGAUCGUGCUUGCUACUGGGGACGGGAAUGCAGGGCAGUUCAACGCGGAUGGGUUCCUUGGUGCUGUACGUACAGCGUUGAAGAAGGGAUGGCGUGUCGAGUUGUAUGCGUGGGAGUAUGGCCUGAGUAAAGCUUGGGUGAAGGAGUUUGGCGCAGGGUGUACUGGGGUGGGCACUACUGAUAAUGCUGAGGAUGCAAGGAGUCCCGUGGCUAGCUCGAGGAUGGAUUCGGAUGCAAGUGCGCAAGGAGCUUAUAAUUAUGCUGACCGUUUCCGGAUCGUUGGACUGGAAAAGUUCGCUCAGGACUUACUGGAGAUUCCCUAAUUAACGAAUUGCUCAGGCUUUUCGUCGCUCUCGUUUUCUUUCGACUACAUGCAUUUAUCAUCGUGCUUCCUGCAAGCACAAUUCAAUGAAUUCGAAAUCACGGAAGGGUGGAGAGGUGGAUUAAUUUGCAUAUAUAUGUAAUCUGCAUUGGAAUAUAGACGUUUCUCUUCUGUAGAAUUUACAUGUAUAUGUAGCAAAUGUAUACAUUCAU